UGGAUGUUAGGGAAUCACUUUUCCCUUUGGUAACUCCAAUGACCAUACUGCUAGACUAGACUCUGCCCUCAGUUCGAUUUCUCUGUCCGUUCUGGCAGUGCAUUUUGAUACCGGCCGGCGACACGGAUCUGGCCACACUUCAGAUGGCUUUGUAGCAGGAAUCAGCAAGAGAGACUCUGCCAUGAUAGAUCCGUUCAAGCCCCGAGACAGCGCAUCGAUAUUGCCGACUUAUUCUGGACUUUUCCCGCCAUGGGGCUCAUAGCCAAGGUGGCCACGGUCGUCCUGGCCAUCUCGUUCAUGACAUUUGUAGCCUUCUUCGGUCGGCUCCCCGCGCUAAGGCGCACUCCCAUCGCCUGGAUGUACAGAGCAUUAUGGGUUUACAUGCCUAACGGUGUCUUGGCGCUUGACCAAGCACUCACUGGUGGCCGCAUCAUUGCAUCUGCCGGCGCGUUUGGCCACUCUGUCUGGUACGGACGGCAUCCGACUGUAUUGAUAUUCUAUAUCUUGUUGUUGUCCGUCGGCGAAAUCUUGUAUCUGCCAGGAGCAUGGCCGCGAUUAAACGGAUUUCAUCAGGUUGCAGGGGCAAUCGUCAUUAUCUUGCCCUAUGUGUUUUUAUACCUGGCGGCAUAUAGUGAUCCCGGUGUGAUCACGGCAGCAACCCAUACGCACUACAUGUCGCUUUAUCCUUACGACUUUACACUGUUUCAUCCUGGCCAGGAAUGCCGAACAUGCAGGAUACUGAAGCCGCCACGUUCAAAGCACUGUGCGGUCUGCAAGCGCUGUGUUGCUAGACUCGACCACCAUUGCGUCUUCAUUAACAACUGCGUCGGGUAUGGCAACCAGCAUUGGUUCUUGCUAUUGCUAUUAUCGACGGCAGUUUUGACAACCUACGGUGGCGUAUUGGGCCUCCGCAUGAUCUCAGAGAAUGCACAAACUCGCAGUAGCCUCUUCUCUUUGUGGAAACACCAUCAACAAUCAUGGCAUCAUUAUUUCAUCCUUCUUUCAUAUGGCAUCCAGAGGGAUGCAGGAGUAGGCUCUGUAACCCUUCUUGUUAUUAUGACAUCGCCUUUAGUAUGGGGUUUGCUGGCAUACCACAUUUACUUGAUCUAUUGCGGUACGACCACCAACGAGAGCAUGAAAUGGCAGGAUUGGCAAGCUGAAAUGACGGACGGUUUCGCUUUCCGACGCCGCCUGCCCGUCCAACGAAACCGUCACCCCCGGUUCGAGGCUACUUGGACGAGAUGGCCCGUCGAACCAGCGCAGAUCCUUGUGCGCACAGAAGACGGCGAGCCACCAAACGAUAUGGCACCCCCUGGUGAGGGUCCUUGGGAGCGAGUAUGGCAUCUGCGCGACAUGGAAAACAUAUACGACAUUGGGUUUUGGGACAAUCUUGUUGAUAUAUUUGUCCCAAAUCACUCAUUCAGGGCAGAGCCCCAAGGAGAUUUAGAGAGAGGCAAGAGACCUAAGCAUAAGAAGACUAAAGCUUAACCUUCGAAGCUUCAUGUCAUGUAGACUUUUAGUUUAAGACGAUUCAAGCGUUGGAUUGAUGAUGCAUUGGAUCGCCAAAGCUGGCUUUCUUGGCUUUGUACAUAAAACCACCUGUGUAUAAAAUUCAACACAUAGCUUGAAUAUACAAGUGAUGAGAUAUGCUAGCAUUAU